UGGGCUUGUGGGUGUACAAUUCUUAAUUUUCGAAAAAGAUGACUCACCUGGCUGGUUUAGUAUAAUCAUUAACAAAAGCAAUGAGCUCUUGAACCUGUCAUUCCAGGGAGCAAGACCAACAUAGCUGCAGGACAACAGAAGCCAAGACAGCUCAUUCUGUCCAAAUAAACGCCAAGAACUUGGAGCUUGAGUGUUAAAAAGUUGCAUUACAGAAAACCUAACAUGUUGACAACUGAGGAAGUACCUAAACGGCACAUUUACAGCUGGAAACCCCAUUCUGUCGGAGGCACUCAACCCUGUAUCGGUCACCCUGGGAGACGUGUCAACAGCAAGGCAUGGCAUCUUAGCUCCAGACCCCAGCUCUGGAGAAAUAUGGAACCAUCAUAUUACUUCUGCUUUGUGAGACAAGCCGUCCUGUGGAACAGAGGACAGCAUCAUACGGCUAUCAAGCGUGAGAAUGGCCCUCCACUCUUGUGUUCUCGCUUUCAUGCUCAUUUGGAGGCCUGUCCUGUCAAUUUUAGAACCCCACAUUUCCUAAACGUGCACUCCAGACCAGGCCCUAAUCGUUUGGGGCAAAAACAACAACAGCAGAGCCUGAGUGCUCCACAACCUCAAAUAUGCCCAGAUGUCAGGAGGCACCAACACAUGGAUAAUUCCAGAAGGAAUACAUCCAAUGUGUUUCUGCCCCAUGGACCCAGAUCCCCUACUUCUCCAGCACCCCCAGCAAGUCCUUCUCUGACUCUUAGGUUUAUUGAUGAACCUCAGAGAUCCCAAACCCCCAAUACACACUUCCAGCUGACAGAUGAGGAAGAAGAUGCAUGCUCUGCUCCACAAGAUCUGAAUCAAGGGCACCCUGAAAUGGCUAAAGAAGAGACAAUGACACCAACGACCCCAAUAUCCACCCCGACAACCCCCAGCAUUACAGCCACCCCAACAACUCCAGGCACCCAAAGAACCCCAAGUACCCCAAUUACUCCAGGCACCCAAAGAACCCCAAGUACCCCAAUUACUCCAGGCACCCAAAGAACCCCAAGUACCCCAAUUACUCCAGGCACCCCAACAUCUUCUAUGACCCCAAAUUCUCUUUCUGAUUUCAGCCGCCCUUCAUCCAGCCAGUUCAGCCGUAGCACAGACCUGAACAGUAGCUUCUCAGAGGCCUUGUCAGUGAACUUCAGUGUUGACCAUUAUGCUGAUAAUAGCACCGAUGACGAAGAUAAUCAUGCUUAUGACCUCAACCAGAAUAAUGAUUAUCAAAAGGGCUGCUCUACUUCUCUCCCCGAGCUUCACUUCAGCUCUGCUGGAAGUUGCAGCCAAGCCAACUCACGAAUGGAAGUCCUUCAAGCACGUCUCUCCAGAUCUCUCAAGUCCUACAAACAAGAAACACCUUCCACUUGCUUGCCAGACACUCCAAUUUACAUCUCUAAAACUCCUAAAUCACGGCAAACCUCAGCCGCCCAAUGGUCCACAGAUGAAAGCCUGCAUGGACGCCUUGGAUCCAGCCAGUCUGACCUGAGCAUUCAGUCUCAAAAGCCUGAUUGCUCAGCAGCAGAUAGUCAGUCAGAAUGGAACCUUUGGCCUGUGCUUCCUCCCAUUAUGCCUCAGGAAGAUGAACUGCAAGGGCAGUGUAUAAUGGAAGGGACCCCUGACUCCCAGUCCAACGGGUCCCAGUCUGAUAUCUUUGCUGAGCUGGAUGAUCUGGCCCCUCGCUCAAGUUCCUGUGUGUCCCCAGACCACCCACCCGGGAGUCAAACUGACCGAUCCUCACCUACCACAGAUCUGAGCCCUGGACUUGCAGCACUGACUGUGGGAUGUGAUUCUGGUGAUCUGGGAUCUUUGUCCCGCGUGCAGCUUUUGCUAUUGGACCGAAAAGGAUCUGAAAGCCCUGGUUCCAUCCCAAGCCCCGAAUGGUGUUGCACUCCGGACGGGGAGGAGUAUGAACCUGGCCUUAGAGUCUGGAGCUCGGGCAUUCCCCAAUAUUAUCAGUCCACAGUCUUGGACAACCGCAAACCAUUAAGUGGCAGAAACAGCGGCCAAGAUUCUUUGGCAACUUUCAAGGGACACAGAAAGUGCCCUGGGCCCAUCAAUGUGGAGAGUGGAUCAAGGACAUCAUCCUCUUGUUCUGUCAGCUCAAGAGUGUCUGAGAGCAGCUCUAUGAACCGAAAGAAACCCACCUGUGAGGACCAAGGUUGCGAGUUGCAAGAUGAAGAUGUCUCGCUCUAUUUGUCGCCACUCUCUCCCAGUGCUUUGUUGACAGAAAGCCCAGCAAACGAGGGGACCAUUCUGGUCCUGCAGUGCCCAGAGAGGAGUGACCAUGCUGAAAAGCACAGGAACAGGUCCGACAAACUCCGAGAGAAGAGGAAGAGGAAGAAGGAGACCAAGAAGACAGAGGCGAGGAAGAAUAAAGCCCUGGAGAUUUACUCCAAACUGCAGGAUGGAAAAGACCUGACAGAGCCCACUCAUCAAAGCCCUUGCGCUAAGUUUGAGGACUUCGAUUUUCUGGCAAAGUACUGCAUCCUCAAUCAGGAGAAGCUGUCAGUGUACAAAAGGGCUUUUGAGGGCGCUGAUAGCGAUGGAGAUGGUUAUCUGAGCUGUUUCCAAGUGCUACUUGCCCUGAAAGAGAUCAUUCCCCCAGAACUUCUGACUGAAGAAGAGGAAAUAUAUGUGUACAGGAUUCUGGAGCUGGUUGAUUUCAGAGUGACAGAAGGCCUUACGGAUCUGCGCCUGUUUGCUGUAGUGGCCAGUCUGGCCCAGAAAAUAGCCACAUUAGAUGAUUUCAUGCGCUCCCUCGUCAGCAAGAUGGAUUUCAAAUCUCUGGAGAUGAAGCUUUAUAAAGCCAAGCAGUUGUUCCUGUUCUUACUGGAGGCCCAGACAGGGGGCGCUGGGGCGCCAGAGGGCUGCAUUGAGGCAGAGCAACUCCUAGUGGAGCUCAAGGCAGGGGGCAUCAGGCCGGAGCACGAGGCGUCGGUAAGACGGGAACUUCGCAAUCUACGCUCCCUCGACCUUCUCGACUUCCUUGCUCACCUGCCUCUCUUCAUCCUCAUCCACAACUCUGUGAUCGCCAACCCCUUCGAUGACUCCAGUAACCUGUGAUGGUAUCAACAAGAACUGUUUGCACCAAUGGUUAUGUCAUAUUAACUCCAGUGCAAAA